AUGCAUUUGUACUUACAUAAUAUUGCAGGCAAACACCCAGAUCAAAAGACAGCUCACACCACUGAUGAUUGUCCUGUAAGGAAAUUAUGGAAAGCAGCACAGCGCGAGGUGACAGUUCAAUCUACAUGUACCCAUGGUCAUACGUUCGAGAGACCCUGCUACACAAAGAACGGAUAUAGUCGCCGACUCUUGUGUGUCAGAAGACCGAUCCGGUCUGACGUGACGCCACUACCAACUGUACUCGUCUGCCGAAAUGCGCCAAAAGAAAUUGCCACACCCACAUUGACCAUCAACCAACUGUUAUUCCGCGUCUUCGACGCGAUCGCCAUUGAUCUCAUCGACUCGUAUGCUUUACUGAAUCCUUUUCCGGAAGCUAUGGCUCGAACUCAAUGGCGAUUGAAGACAUACAGACAGAUAGUGUCCCCUGCAUUGACGCCAGACCCUUCAGACAACGACUGGCAUAUUUUCUGGUCCCAGCCGAUAAAGCACGCUACAUGGAACGUCUGGUAUUAG